AUGGCCGUCAAGCGCAAGGCCGACGACGUGGCGUCUGCUGCGUCUGCUGCGUCUACACUGGUCGCCAAGCGCCGCAAGUGUCCGUACCUGGACACGAUCAGCCACCAGCUGCUGGACUUUGACUUUGAGAAAGUAUGCGCCAUCAGUUUGUCCGACCAGAACGUCUACGCGUGCCUCGUGUGCGGCAAGUACUUCCAAGGGCGUGGCCGCAACACGCACGCGUUCACGCACUCGGUCCAGAGCAGCCACCACGUGUUCAUCAACCUCGAGACCGAUCGGGUCUACUGCCUGCCGGACAACUACGAGGUCGUGGACCACACGCUCAAGUCGGUGCAGAACGCUCUGCGCCCGACGUUCGACGUUGACGCCAUUGCGCGACUGGACGCGAACCGCAUCUUGGCGCAAGACGCGUUUGGCGUCGCGUACCUCCCUGGAUUCAUUGGACUGAACAACCUCAAGCACACAGACUAUAUCAACGUUGUGGUCCAGGCGCUGGCGCACGUGCCGCCGCUUCGCGACUUUUUUCUGGCCAAUAAGAUUGAGAAACCCAAGUCGAAGCUCGUGUUGCGGUUCGGAGAGCUCAUGCGCAAGAUGUGGAGCCCGCACAACUUUAAGAACACGAUUAGUCCCCACGAACUCGUGCAGGAGAUCUCAGUGAGUAGCAAGAAGCGCUUCCACGUUGGAACGCAGAAUGAAAGUGUCGAGCUAUUGGCGUGGCUGCUCAACCAGUUGCACAGGGGGCUUGGUGGAUCGAGCAAACCGGGAAGUAGCAUCAUUCACAAAUGUUUCCAGGGGUUCGUCGAGGUGACAACGGACGAUGAAACGAAAGCUGCGUCAGCGGAUGUUGCAGAGCGUCAAUCAGCUAUCUCUACGACGGUUUCGCCGUUCUUGAUGAUGGCGCUGGAUCUGCCGUCGACACCCCUGUUCAAGGAUUCUCAAGGUGGAAAUGUCAUUCCUCAGAUUCCACUAUUUACAGUGCUUGAAAAGUACAACGGAUCCCACGUUACACACGUGCUUCACGACUCUCAUCGACUCAAGAAGACCUACCGGAUUGAUUCGCUGCCAGCCUACCUGAUAUUCCACGUGAAGCGUUUCACGCGAAACAAUUUCUUCAUCGAAAAGAACCCGACGAUUGUAAACUUUCCUGUCAAGAACCUCGAGUUGCGCGAGUACCUAAAACUAGACCACAAGCUCUUGCCAGAGGAAGAGCUUCGGACAAAGUCGGUAUCUGAGCUGCAGACACUGUUGCGCGAUCGAAGCAUAUCCACUGAGGAUUGCGUCGAAAAGGCUGACAUGAUUGAGAAGCUUUUGUGCACUGCGCUGCCAUCAACAAAGUACAAUUUGAUCGCCAAUAUCUGCCACGAUAGCCCAGUGGCAACCGGUCAAGAGGCUGCGCUGAAGACGAAUCCGUUGACAGAGGGGAGCUAUCGCGUUCACGUCCAAAAUAGAGCGACUGAGCAGUGGUACGAAAUUCAAGAUCUGCAUGUUCAGGAAACGAUGCCGCAGCUUAUUGGUGUGUCCGAGUCGUACUUGAUGAUAUACGAGCGAAAAACGUAA